UCCUUCGCCAUUUGUCCUCCGCCAGCGUUUCCUUUCGAUUUUGCCCCUCUUCUGCUUCUUCGCUCUCGCUCUCCUCCUCUCCCGCUCUCUUUCUUUGUUCUUGAGGUCGCUGCAUUCUUGCGAUGACUCCCUCGUCGCGGCCUCCCGCCCCCUUCCCGGACCUCAACCUCAUCCCCUUCCCCAAGCUCGAGCCCAAACCCGAGCCGCCAGACCACCACCAGACCCACCUCGGCUCGGCCGGCCCACUCGACCCCCUCCUCCCCCCUCCCAGUCCCGACCCUGGCCCCCAUCCCACCGCCGUCGACGUCGAGAGCGCCGCCCUCUUCGCCGAGUACCUCCGCCUCGCCCGCCUCUUCUCCGCCGCAUCCGCCGACCACCAACACCUCUUCCUCGUCCCAGAGCCGGCGCCCGCCGCCAGCUCCUCCGCCAUCGUCGCCCGCAAGAAGCGCAAGCCCCGGUCAGCCGAGAUGGUCCGCGCCUCCGUUUACGACGAGCUCCACGUCCGCGACGACGUCCGCCGGGCCCGGAUCACGUUCAACUCCCUCCGCUCCCUCCUCCUCCGGGACGAGAAAAAAGGCGACGCCUUCGAGGCGAUCUGGGGCAAGAGGUCCCGCGCCGACCUUAAGGCGGCCACCGUCAUGGGCGACCGCGACCUCUGGCUCCACCGCGACAGGAGGAUCAUCGGCGCGAUUCCCGGGAUCAACGUCGGUGAUGUCUUCUUCUUCCGCAUGGAGCUCUGCGUUCUUGGCUUGCACGGCCAGAGCCAGGCUGGCAUCGACUACGUCCCGGCUAGCCGGAGUGCUACAGGCGAGCCGAUCGCCACCAGCAUUAUUGUAUCCGGUGGCUACGAGGAUGACGAGGAUAGUGGGCUUGUGCUUGUCUACACUGGCCAUGGUGGCCGCGGAUCCAACAUGCUCAAACAUUGCACUGAUCAGAAACUGGAAGGGGGAAAUCUUGCGAUGGAACGAAGCAUGAAUUAUGGAAUUGAAAUUCGAGUCAUUCGAGGGCUGAAGUCCAAUCGUAGCCCCAUCGGGAAGAUUUAUGUCUAUGACGGCCUUUACAAGAUCGUCAAUUGCUGGAUGGAUGUAGGCAAAUCAGGGUUCGGCAUAUAUAAGUACAAGCUUUUGAGAAUUGAAGGGCAGGAUGAGAUGGGCAGUGGGAUCCUCAAGCUUGCUGAGGAAUUGAAGGUGAAUCCAUUGAGUGCAAGGCCAGCCGGUUACUUGAGCCUCGAUAUCUCGAUGGGAAAGGAAAAUUUUUCAGUUUCCAUGUUUAAUGACAUCGACGAUGAUCGGGAACCACUGCUUUUUGAGUAUCUCGCCCGUCCAAUUUUCCCCGUUGAAGCAUUCCAAGGGAAGGCAAAUGCUGAUACAGGAAACGGAUGUGAAUGCAUCUCGAAUUGCUCAGCUGACUGCUACUGUGCCAAGAAAAAUGGUGGUGAAUUUGCAUAUGAUGAAAAUGGGAUUCUGUUGAGGGGAAAGCCAUUGAUUUAUGAGUGUGGCCCCUUGUGCCGGUGCCCGCCAAGUUGUCCCAAUCGGGUGAGCCAGAAAGGGGUGAAGCAUCAGUUGGAGGUGUUCAGGUCAAAAGAGACGGGGUGGGGAGUGAGAUCACUGGAUUUGAUUCUGGCUGGGACAUUUAUUUGUGAGUUUAGCGGCAUCGUGCUAACUCAGCAGCAAACCGAUUUUUUUUCUGCAAAUGGCCACUGUUUAGUGCAUCCUAGCCAGUUUCCAGAAAGAUGGAAGGAGUGGGGUGAUGUUUCUGAUAUCUUACCAGAUUACGUGUCACCAAACUUUCCAUCCUUGCCCGGCCUGAACUUCUCCAUAGAUGUUUCAACAUCAAGGAAUGUAGCUUGUUAUCUGAGCCAUACUUGUUGCCCAAAUGUGUUUGUGCAGUUUGUACUAUUUGAUCACAAUAAUGUCUCCUAUCCUCAUGUUAUGAUCUUUGCGAUGGAGAACAUACCUCCAUUAAGGGAACUGAGUAUUGAUUAUGGGAUUGGAGAUGAAUCUGUGGGGAAACUAACAAUGUAGCCAUUUAUUGUCAUGAAGGUGAUCAAGUUUGAAGUUGCAAUGCUUCCUUUGAGAGCAUGCCACCAAUUGCCUCAAAAGUAACCGGCUGCUUACUGGAGAAGAAAAUACCACUAUGCAUAAAUUAUUAUGGUGACAAAAUGUCCCUGAAGGAUCUGUUGCUCUCCUGAAGGAACAGGUGAUGAUGUUUUUAUCCUUUCCACUCUGGUUCUUCUUCAAUAACUGCUUUGACAGCAGCAGAAAUCUGCAAGCAUUUUUGUAAAGCAUGAGAAGAUGCACAUAUGCAUAAUGCAGCAAGAAGAUCAAGUUUUGGAUGUAUCGGUGGAAACCGGAAGACUGUAGCAUGCAAACCUUAUAGUACUUAGCAUUAGAUGUUCUUUUGGGGAGCAUCGUGUACAUGUAUGUGUAGCACAAUUAUACUGUGUGGUAGAAAGUGCAGCAUGCUCAUGUUCAAUUGUUCUACUUGUGCACUUGGAAAAAGCUUUGGACAGCCCAAACGAGGCAGAAUCACCAGCAGUGUUUACAUUCUGCACUGGAGCAAAUUAAAGGCGCAAGUCUAGAACUUUGAAGGCUGCGGAUAUGUUGCAGCCGAGACAUUUGAAGGCUGCGGAUAUGUUGGCGAACUAUUUGGGACAGCUUAUCUAUGUUUCCUGUGCAUUACAAUAUUUCAUAAUAUUGGCACCAAUCGAAAGAGCUUUAUGUCCGUGUCAACGACUAGUAACGCCACAACAUCCGGUGUGGCCAACUCCCAAAGUAUGUCUGGAGAUCAUAUUAUGUCAGUGUUGGGAUUGGUAGAUUAAA